UAGCUGUCAGUCAUUUCAUGUACAGCCUUUAAUUUGGGAAGUUGUUAUGAUGUAUAUUGUAGCGAAUUUACUGUGAAAUUGUGAAUAAUUAUUAAAGUGGAAAUUAGUUUUAAAGUUCUGUAAUUAGUUGUAAAACUAAGAGCAUCGCAAUGAGCUGUAUCAGUGACUUAUCACAGUCAAACGAAUACCUAAGUUUCCGAAGCAGUAUUCCCUUGAGGAAAAUCGUAGUAGAUUCUGAUGGUUCCAAGGCAUGGAAAAUAUUUGACUCUGGUCCGAAGUCAGUGAGUUGUCCCCUGGUAUGUUUACCACCGGUGUCCGGUACUGCUGAUAUAUUCUUCAAGCAAGUGAUGGGUCUAGCAUCCAGAGGAGUUCGUGUUGUUGCUGCUGAACCACCACCGUACUGGAACCUUAAAGAGUUCUGUGACGGUUUCAAAAGACUCAUAGAUUACCUUGAGUUGGAUAAAGUACACAUAUUUGGAGCUUCUUUAGGUGGUUUUGUAGCCCAGAAAUUUGCAGAACUCACAAAGAACUGCGCUAGAGUGGCAUCGCUUGUCCUCUGCAACACGUUUACAGACACUACAGUAUUUGAAUACCAUGAUUCAUCUGCAUUGUUCUGGUUGCUACCGUCCCUAGUAUUGAAAAGGAUGCUUAUGGGAAACUUCACUACUGACAAGGUUGACCGCAGAAUUGCAGAGUCCAUUGAUUUUAUGGUAGAAAGACUGGAAUCCCUAACACAAUCAGAACUAGCAUCAAGACUGACACUAAACUGUACACCAAUGUAUGUGCAACCAGAUCUACUGAACCAUCUUCCAGUCACAAUAUUGGAUGUAUGGGACGAGUGUGCGUUGAGCUCCAAUGUACGGGAAGACAUGUACAAGUCAUAUCCUCAGGCAAAGCUGGCGCAUCUCAAGAGUGGCGGCAACUUUCCUUACUUGAGCAGAAGUGAUGAAGUUAAUUUGCAUUUAUUAAUACACCUCAGACAAUUUGAUGGUACAUUGCAGUCUGCAUCAUAUCUCAGUCUUCUUAAGAUGCCUUCCAACACACAACCUGAAGAGGGUACCGUCAGUUACUUUAACCAACGAGAAAAGUUUGUUAAAAUAUCUUAAAUAUAAUUAUUGAUAAAUUUAUAUUUAAGGGCCUUUCGACUGCGCUAGUCUUGCGUUAGAAUAAUAAUUAGAAUGAAGAAAGUUAAGGAUUUCUAUUUUUAAAAUGUUGUUACUAUAACAAAAAAAAUACUAUUUUUUUAGAUAUUAUUAUUUUACUAUAUUAUGUAGUAUUUAUGAACAAUCAGGGAUGAAUGCAAUUUAUCUGCCUAUUUUAUGUCGAGGUUAUUGCUUAAUAUUGGUGACGAUGAUAAUUAUUAAUUUAAUUAUAAUAACAGGUACAUACCAUAUUCUAAUGGGCAUUGAAAAUUUUCAUAUUAAAUUAUUUGUUGUAUUAAA